AUGAAGCUUCUUGUUGGGCUGUUGGUUGCCAAGGCAUCCGCGGAUUUUGAGUUUUCGUGCUGGACGGUCAACAACUCCACCUCUGAAGGAUCCGGAGAUGGAGAAUACAUCGGUGACUUUUUCAACCACGGAGAUGGAACUUUUACGAUCGAGAGCGGCUUGUACUCCGGCGAGUGCAUUCUCGAGCAAAUGAUGGGUUGCGAUACUUAUCCUGUCGUCGCCGCUACAGAGAUCAACUGGGGACUCGGGGAAAGAAACAACGACACCGGUCACUGUGACAAUACCAUCAUCGUGGACUCAACCUAUUGUUCGGACAACAUCAGCAAUCUUUUCCAAUGGAAUUCCUUUGGAAAUUCAAUCUACUUCAUCAACGAAGGAAACAAUUGGGGAAACGACACGAUGUCGAUCACCUUCCAGUACGCGUGCUAUGAGGACCUUGUUCCACAACCAGAUUGUGUAGAUCUUGGUCAAUCCCUCUUCGGACUAGUCCAGUACAAUGUCGCGGAAAUUGGAGGAACUGUAAGCAGCAAUUUCAUCAUUGAUCCCAACCCCUCCAUCACCAACAUUACCUCAAUGUCUUGCGCUCAACAAUGUGUCGCCACAGCUGGCUGCUUCGGAUUCUCUGAAGAUGACAAUGGAUGCCUUCUCUCCUCAAACUCCUUGAAUUUUGACGGUGCCUCUGUCGGUGCCCUCACUACCGGUCGCUGGGACGACUACUGCCCAAACACUCACGUGUGGAACUACUCCUAUGAGGGCACAUUCUACUGCCUCUUCCGAACUAGCCUUUCGCAACAAGACUACGUAGACCAACUCAACGCCCAAAAUCCAGGCGGAGUUCGCAGCGGAGUUCGAAGUUACACUUCGAGUUGGAACGGCGUGACAUAUGCCUCAUCAUAUUCAUACGAGUUCGAGUACUUUGUAGGGGAGCCAAGUUACGCUGACCGCUUUAAUUAUGGACCUGGUUACGUUUGGGUCGGUUUCAAAUACAACGGAAACUCGCGAUGGGGUCGAGUUUAUGAUUCCACAACAUCAACAAUCACGGCAAGUCGAAAGCGUCGACAAGUCCAAGCUCCAAGUGAAUUCGAGGAAAGCUUUGAAGAACUCGACAAUGUUAUCAACGAUAUUGCUGGGGAAAUUCAAGAGGAGACCGCGACCAUUGUUCCCAACGUUGACCCUGACGCUAUCCUCGAAGAAACAGGCGAUGUUGAGACCACUGUCUCACAACUUGCUGAUUCUGGUGAUGUUACUGGAACCUUCAGCUCAGAUGGCGCUUUAGUAUGCGAAGAAGGUGCAGAACUUGCUGAGGACGGCAGUUGUCAACCAAUCCUUAUCACUGAAUUGCCAACCAACGAAGAUCCACUCAACCCAACAGAACCACCACCUACACUCGACUGCGACGACGGCAACAACGGUGGCUGCUCCCACUUUUGCAAUCAAGAUCUCAACGUCUGCGAAUGUCCCUCUUGCUGGGUCCUCCGAGACGAUCAAGCCGAGUGUACUCCUAAUCCAGAGAAAAUCCACAUCUCUUGCGAGCAAUCGGCGAUGAGCCUUGAGCUCGAUCGAUGCAUCUACUCCAGCGACGUCUCUGAUGAUAUCGUUUUGUCCUUCAAUGACAAUGCAUGCGAAUCUAACGCAUUUGGAACUGAUGCCUUUGCCAUUUCCACUGGCCUCGACGAAUGUGGAACCGCCCUCAGCGUCGAUGGAGACGAAAUUAUUUUUGACAACACGAUCGGCGUCAAGAGCAGAACAAACAACCACGGCAUCGUGAUGAAUACUAACGUUAAUAUCGACGUUCAGUGUCGAUUCUCUUCUUACGUAAACGAUGUUUCAUCAUCCAACUACACCAAUUCCGAUGCAACCCAGGAUGUUGGUACAACUGGAACUGGUACCUUCCAGUUCGAAGCGGCAUUCUUCUCUGAUGAUAGCUUUGACUCUGAAGCUGGAGCCGAGGAUGAACAGAUGGUCGGCGAAGCUGUCUUCUUCGGCCUCUCUCCAUCCAUCCCCGUCGAAGACCUCACCUUCAUCGUUGACGAUUGCUUUGUCACUGACGGUACUAACAACACCUUCUACGUUUAUGAAGACGGCUGCCCCAAUCCCGUUGUCAACAAUAACGCCAUCAGCCAGUCUUUCGAGAACAUCGACCAGUUCCAGCUUUCCUACACUGCUUUCCAGUUCUCUGGCAACUCUGAAGUCCAGUCUAUGGAAAUGCACUGCUCCUUGUACGUCUGCAUGGUUGGUGUUUGCCCUGUCACGGAGCCAACAUGUUAA